AUGUCGUACGCCCAAGCAGCCUCCCGGGGCGCUCAGCAAUCUCCUGAAGAGGUGCGUCAUCAUCGAGAUUGUAAAAUACAAGUCCUUGUUGUUCAGCUACCUGUUGAACACCUUUAUCCUCGUGCUCCACCACCCCCACAGAUCGAAGUAGCUGACUCAGACACAACAAACACCUCCCUCAUCGACGUGGACUCCCCACACGUCUCCUCCGUGCCUUCCACCUUCGAAUCACAGGAAAUAAAAACCACCACCCAGGCCGAGCGUAUUGAGCGGGAGCGCGAAAGAGAAAAAGCAGCCGCAGCCGCAGCCGAACGCGAGCGCGAACGGGAACUCUGCAAGGAUAAAGACAAAGGUAAACGGAAAGCUGGGAAGGAGGCUGCUACUAAGACCGCCGUAGCCAAGGCGAAGUUGAGCCGUAACAUAACAAAUCCGGUGAUCCUGGGGAAUGCGCUGUUCAUGACGUUUGCGGGCACUGGGUUGGGGUUUGGGGCGUAUCAGAAGCAUAUUCGGGGGGCGUUGACUUGGAGGGUUAUUGGGAUGUGGUCCGGCAUCGUUGGGGCGGUAGUGUUUGUAGAUUAUUUUGUUAGCAAGUGGUUCUUCCAGAACAAGUAUCCGACAAAUCGCGAAUCCUUCUACUCCAUCCGAUGGAUCUCGCAGUGGGCAAUCCUAUUUUCGCUGCGGUGGUGCCCUCUUCACGGAUAUUUCUCAGAUCCAUUGAGAAUACUAUGUGAAGCAAGCCCCUCGGGCUGCUUGUAUUCCCCAAAGUUGAACAUCUUGUUUUUCUACCGCAGCAGCGUACCGGCCCAGUUGAACCUCCGCAAUUCUAUCACCAUGAACUCCCUGUUCAACGCAGCACUGAAACAGUCCUCCGCACUUCGCCGCGACCUGGACGCCUUCUCUGAAGCUCCAACAACCACAUCACCUGCCGUUCAAGGCCAAAUAUCCGCCUCCCUAACAUCCUUCUCCCGCACGAUCGAUGACUACUCCUCCUUAUCCAAACAAGAGCUCAUCCCUGCAAAACAAGAACUGGCUUUUGAGCGCCUGAAGAAUUUCCGGACUGAGCUAGCGGACUACAGACAGUUGUUUGAUCGACUAAAGAAAGAGCGCGAGGAUGCUCAAUCCACCUCAAACCGCAAUGAGCUCCUAGGCCGACGGCCUCACCACGCCUCAACACCCGAAAACCCAUACGCCCAAUCCAACCUCCCGCAAUCUUCCCCCUUCGCCAACCCAAACUACUCACAUCACCGCCCCUCACCGAGCGGCAGUUUAGGCUUCAACGGUGUCCCAACAGACUACACGCGUGAAACCCACACAUUACGCGAACACUCCUUCCUCUCCAGCACAAACAUGCAGCUAGACGAGUUUAUAGGUCGGGGCCGGGCAGUGUUGGGAGACCUAGGACAGCAGCGGGAGAUACUCAAGGGGACGCAACGGCGGUUAUAUAGCGUAGCAAACACUCUUGGAGUGAGCGGGGAUACUAUACGGACAAUUGAGCGACGGGCGAAGCAGGAUAAGUGGAUAUUUUGGGGUGGGGUUGUGGUUUUCUUUUUGUUUUGUUGGGCGGUGUUGCAUUUUUUGACGUGA